GGACAGGUGCCUGCGAGCAGCGCACCGAAACGGAGAGCUCAUCAUGAGGGCGUGGGCGUUUGCGGCGUUGGUGGCGCUGGCCGCUGCCGACCAGGGCGGCUUCCAGCCGGUGACGGGGGCCGGAGCCGACGCCAAGGUGAUCGGUCACUCCAGCAGCGCCUCCACCAGCCAGGCGCUGACGGUAGAGGCGCGCAACUCCGCCGUCCCGCUCGAGGCCCAGGCCGACUCCAGCGGCAGCCACGUCAGCUACGAGCAGCCGAUCGCCCGCGACGGCGGCGGCAUCGGCGGAGGCCACGUCGCCGGACAUGACGGAGGAUUCCCGAACGAGCACAGCAGCUACACGAGCUAUGAUGGCGGCAACUCGGGAGUCGGUGGCCCCUCCGGAGGUGGUGGGGGAGUCGGUGGCCCCUCCGGAGGUGGUGGAGUCGGUGGCUACUCUGGAGGUGGUGGAGUCGGUGGCUACCCCGGAGGUGGUGGAGUCGGUGGCUACUCCGGAGGUGGUGGAGUCGGUGGCCCCUCCGGAGGUGGUGGAGUCGGUGGCUACUCUGGAGGUGGUGGAGUCGGUGGCUACUCCGGAGGUGGUGGAGUCGGUGGCUACUCCGGAGGUGGUGGAGUCGGUGGCUACUCCGGAGGUGGUGGAGUCGGUGGCUACUCCGGAGGUGGUGGAGUCGGUGGCUACUCCGGAGGCGGUGGUGGCUACGCUAUCGGCGACGGUUACGGCGGCGGCUAUGGAUACGGAGAGCAGGGCGGCUACGGCGGUUACGAGGACUAUGAUGACGAUGGCUACGGGAAGGUUGGGGAUGACGAUCCCUGGUACGAGAGCUACAUCAACCGGAUCAAAUUCCCAAUCUUCCUCCCGAAGAUCAACUUCGUCAAAGUGGCAAGGGCAAAGGAGGCCGGAAAGGGCAAGGGAGGCGGCAUCGGCUCCUUCUUCAAGGGUCUCUUUGGCGGAAAGGGCAAGGGCGGCGACAAGGGCAAGGGCAAGGGCAAGGGCAAGGGCGGUGGCCAAGACUCGGUCAUCAUAAAUCAUCACCACUACUACGACGAGGGAUAUGGCAAAGGAGGAGGCUACGGCGGUGCGCCAGUCGCCACCUACGGCGCUCCCCCAGCCGGCUCCUACGGCGCUCCCCCAGCCGGCUCCUACGGCGGCCCUCCUGCGACGUCCUACGGUGCCCCUUCCUACCACUGA